AUGACGCUACCUCUCCUGCCAGAGUCGCCCCGAUACCUGCUCUUCGUUAAAGGGGACGCACAAGCCAGUGAACAGGCCAUGCAGCGUUUGUGGGGUGGUGGUAUGGACCACAGUGGGGAGCUGUCGGACAUGCGUGCAGAGGCGGCGGCCUUGAAGGGGGUGCUGAGAAGAGGGGUCCUGGAUCUCUUCAGAGACCGCUCACUACGCUGGCAACUCCUCACUGUCAUAUGCCUCAUCACAUGCUUACAAUUCUGUGGGAUCAAUGCCGUGUAUCUGUACUCGUUCGCUGUUUUCAGAGAGUCCGGUGUUCCUCCACAUCAGCUGCGCUACGCAUCUUUGGGCACGGGCCUGUGUGAGCUCACCACUGGCGUCCUUUCGGCAUUGAUAAUUGAGCGCACAGGCAAGAAGGUGCUUCUGCUACGAGGAUACUUCGGGAUGGCCACAACCCUGGCAGUACUCACUGUUACUCUAUACCUUCAGACCAUCUUAUGGUGGAUGUCCUACUGCAGUAUGAUCCUCGUCUUUCUCUUCAUCAUCUUCUUCGCCAGUGGACCAGCCGGCAUCACCGCGCCCCUUGCUGGUGAGGUCUUCAAUCACUCCUUCAAGGCAGCUGGCUUCACCAUCAGCACCUGUAUCAACUGGACAUGCCUCUUCCUCAUCGCCAUGCUAUUCCCUCUCGUAGUGAAGCACACAGACUACCUGUGUUUCCUGUUCUUCCUGUGUUUCUCUCUGGCCACCGGCCUCUUCGUGCACUUCAACGUUCCGGAGACCCGGAACCUGACUGCCCUGGAGAUCGCCGAAGCGUACCGGAAGAUGCACAGCAAACAAAGACCCCACCCAGAGGACAACAGCCACACACCCGCCCCAGAGGACAACAGCCACACACCCGCCCCAGAGGACAACAGCCACAGACCUGCCACAGAACAGGACAACAAUCACAUACCUGUUUCAGAGGACAACAACACGCCAGCAUCAGUGGACAAACAUAUUCAUGUGGCGUGGAUCAAAACAGAACUGGUGCACUUGGGAAAAAAUCAGUUUGUCCACGCCACCAGACUCUGACGGCCUAACAGCGUGUAACUGAAUUCUAUACGACAGCAGAAAUAGCACCGGCAUACUGUAUAUAUAUUAUAGCCGUGAUGGACAACAUGGGUUCAUCAGUUGGUUUACAAUGCAGUGCCACAUAUUGCAGAUUACAAUGGUUUUACCCGUCCAAAUCACUCAACCAGGCAAUCACUUAAUGGAAUUGGAAAGGUAAAACCUGGUCAUGUCCGAUAUGUAAAAAUUGGAUUGUAAGGUACAGGUGGAGGUGGCGUCUACUCCUCAGUGGGUUUUUUUUAGAUUUUCGCUCUGUGUGUAUUCCGAAUAAGUGAUGCAGGAGAGAGAGAGUCACACACAAGAGCUGCAGGCAGUUCAGGAAAACUGUAUUGAAAAAGCUGAAAAAAGAGAAUAAAAGCCAUAGACAGAAUGGGAUACAAACAUUUCUGGACAGUAGUAGCCCUUCGUCAGUGUGGGAACAAAAUGGGGCUUUUAUUCUCAUUUUCUGCUUUUUUAAAAGCAGCUUUCCUGAAUUUCCUGAAUUCCAGCUCCUGUGUGUGUUUUCUUUCCUCUCUCCUGAACUGGAUUGUGUCCACGCCCUCCUAGUGACGCAACAGCUUCAGCAUUGCUUCUAGUCAGGCCAGGAGAAAUACAAAUAUUGUUUAUGAGCUCUGGAAAAAUUGGGAACUCCUCCCACUUUGUCAGGAAGCAAGCAACCAGUAGCAAACCAAGGGAGGCGGGUCAACCAUGCUGUUUGUGAAAUGUUAAUUGUUAUGGUCUUGGUCAGAACAAGUCUUGAAGAGAUUUGAAAGUCUAUGAUGAUCAGGCUACUUCUGUACAGCAUCAACACAAGAGUUUACUUACUUACUUACUUACUUGCUUACUUAUCCUCUUCGUCCCGGCUGGGACCUAAGGCUGCAAUCAUACAUUGCCACUGAACCCAGUCUCAUGCUUUGGCCUGCGAUUCAUCUCAAGACAGCCCCAUCCACUUUAGCUCUGUCAUCACAGUCCUUUGCCCCUCUUUCUUUUCCCGAUCGGGGUCCAUAUCAAGGCGACUCUUGGUGUUCUUUCAUUAGGCAUUCUGA